CACACCCUCAGUUUCUGCGUCAUGGAGCCGCGAACCCUCCUCCCGCUGCUGUCGCUGGCUGUGGCCCUGGCCCUGACCCAGACCUGGGACGGUCCCCACUCCCUGAGAUACUUCCAUAUCGCUGUGUCCCGGCCUGGCCGCCGGGAGCCCCUCUACACCUCGGUCGGCUACGUGGACGACACCCUGUUCCUGAGAUAUCACAGUGAUGCCGCAAGCCCGAGGGUGGAGCCGCGGACGCCGUGGAUGGAGCAGGAAGGGCCGCAGUUUUGGGAAGCGCAGACCGAGAUCGCCCGGGUCCACGCAGAGACAUCCCGAAUGAACCUGCAGACGGCCCUCAGCUACUACAACCAGAGCGAGUCUGGUUCUCACACCUUCCAGUGGACAUCUGGCUGCGACGUGGGGCCUGAAGGGCGCUUCCUCCGCGGUUAUGAACUGUUCGCCUACGACGGCGCCGACUAUAUCGCCCUGAGCGAGGACUUGCGCUCUUGGAGCGCGGCUGACGAGGUGGCCCAGAUAACCCGAAGCAAGUGGGAAGCUGCGGGGCUAGCGGAGCACUACCGGGCGUACCUGGAGAGGGAGUGCGUGGAGUGGCUUCGCAGGUACCUGGAGAGCGGGAAGGAGACGCUGCAGCGAGCAGAUCCCCCAAGGACACAGGUGACCCACCACCCCAUCUCUGACCGUGAGGUCACCCUGAGGUGCUGGGCCCUGGGCUUCUACCCUGCGGAGAUCACCCUGACCUGGCAGCGUGACGGGGAGGAUCAGACCCAGGACACGGAGCUUGUGGAGACCAGGCCUGCGGGGGACGGGACCUUCCAGAAGUGGGCGGCCCUGGUGGUGCCCCCUGGAGAGGAGCAGAGAUACACCUGCCAUGUGCAGCACGAGGGGCUGCCCGAGCCCCUGACCCUGAGAUGGGAGCCACCUCCUCAGGCCACCACCCUCACUGUGGUCAUCAUUGCUGUCCUGGUCCUCCUCGGAGCUGUGGUCACUGGAGUUGUGAUGUGGAGAAGGAGGCACUCAGGUGAAAAAGGAGGGAGCUACACUCAGGCUACCAGCUGUAAAUUUGCUCAGGGCUCUGAUACAUCUCUCUGGGCUUCUAAAGUGUGAGACCACUGCCUUAUGUGGAACUGAGUGAUACAAUAUUUGCGUCCGGCCAGUGUGGCUCAGUGGGUGAGCGUCGACACAGGCACUAAGAGGUCGCCGGUUCAAUUCCCAGUC